AUGGUUGUUCUAGUCGCCGCGCGAGCCACCCAGCAGGGCCUCUUCCAGGCAAUCAGCUUCACCUCGUUUCUAUCACAUUCGUGCUUAAAACGAGGGCGACCAUGCGCGCUCCUCUCCCGCCUCCAUUCCGCUUCCCCAGCGCUCCCCUUCCCGUCGAUCCUCCGCGUAUCCCCGCUCACGCUCCCCGCUAACGGCCUCCGCUCCCCUUUAACUUCCGCGCCAUCGCUGCAAAUCGCGGAUGCCGAUUCGAAGAACCACCACGGAGCCGCGUCCAAAUCCUCUUCGCUAACCUCCGCGCCGCUCUUUCUCCUCCCGAGCCAGCAGCAGGAGGUGCCUCGUGGGGUCGCUGCUCGGGCAGCCUCUAAAGCCUCUCGAAUCGUCAAGGAUGCGUCUAAGAAAAAAGGCGGGAAAAUUGGUCCUGGGGGAUCGAACCAGGAAGCGAAGCAGCAGCGAAGGGGGGGUAGCGGGCACGGGGCUUUCGGGACUAACGAGUUUACCGGAAACGGGGGUCUGCUUGAAUCUGAGCCGUCCGAUUUGGGCGAUCUGGGUUUAUCGAAGGACGUGGACGCGGCGUGGCUUAUUAGCGGGUCGCGAGACAAUAUCGAGGAUGACGUGCCGGAUUCCCCGUUUCUAGACGCGGUCGUUAAGGUGAAGCUGAAGCGACGCGGCGACGACACCAAGUUUGUCGCACGCGUGCUGGCGAUCGGCGUGGAGUGCGACAUCGCGCUACUCGCUGUGGACGACGAAUCGUUCUGGCAGGGCCGCCAACCGCUCAGGUUUGGUGGGCUCCCUCAUUUGGAGGACGCGGUGACAGUGGUGGGGUACCCAGUGGGGGGAGACAGCAUCUCGGUCACAUCUGGCGUCGUCUCUCGCAUUGAAGUCACCGCAUACGCUCAUGGCGCUUCAGAGCUUCUAGGAGUGCAAAUCGACGCGGCAAUCAAUCCUGGGAACAGCGGCGGCCCGGCUUUUAACGACCGCGGGGAGUGUGUGGGGAUAGCGUUUCAGUCACUAAAGGAUAGUGACACGGAGAAUAUCGGGUAUAUUAUUCCCACGCCCGUGAUCUCGCAUUUCCUCGGGGAUUAUCGGCGGAACGGGCAGUAUACGGGUUUCCCCGCAAUUGGCAUCCUCUGGCAGAGGCUGGAGAAUCCUGCGCUCCGGGCAGCUCUGAAAAUGUCGCCCGGGCAGAAGGGUGUGCUCGUGCGAAAAGUCGACCCAACGUCUCGAGCUCAUGGAGUGUUACAGCAAGGGGAUGUGAUCAUGUCAUUUGACAAUGUACCCAUCGCAAGCGACGGGACCGUCCCUUUCCGAACCGGCGAGCGCAUCUCCUACGGGUUCCUGGUCAGCCAAAAGUUUUCCGGCGAGGUUGCCCGGCUGGAAAUUCUGCGUGACGGGCUGCGGAUGAAGGUUCAGGUGCAGCUGAAGCCGCCGAAACGACUCAUUCCAGUCCACACGGGGGGCAAACCGCCAACGUUUUUGAUCGUGGCAGGGCUGGUUUUUACGCCGGCUGUGCAGCCGUUUUUGCAGUCAGAGUAUGGGAGCGAGUUUGAGUUUGAGUCGCCGGUUUCGCUGCUUCAGAAGCUGCUGCAUGGGCAUGCGGAGCAUGAGGACGAAGAGGUGGUGGUGUUGAGUCAGGUGCUAGCACACGAGGCGAAUAUUGGGUAUGAGGACAUCACCAACACGUGCCUCGUGUCUCUCAACGGCGUGCGGGUGCGCAACGUGCGACAGCUGGCAGCGCUGGUGGACGCGUGCACAGCAGACUGGGAGAGCCAGCCGUUCAUGCAGUUUGAGUUGGAGCACCGGCAGCUGGUGGUUCUGGAAACUAAGACUGUGCGGGCUGCCACGGCUGAUGCGAUGGCGGAUCACAGCAUACCGUCGGAUCGAUCGGAGGAUCUACGGUCUGCAAUGCCGGUUGCGGCUGUGGCUGCAGCAGCAGCAGAAACGCCAGGAGCAGCAGCAGGGACGGCAGUAGACACAGCAGCAGCACCAGCAGAAACAUUAGCAGCAGCAGCAGCAGCAGCAGCAGUGGUGGUGGAAGUUGGUGGUGAAUCUGGAUCGUCGUCAAGUGGGGAGGACGAGAGUUCAGGGAAAGCCAUUCGCAUGAGGAGUGAUGCUGAUGUGAGGGUUGCUGCGGCAGUGCAGGUAGCAGCGAAGGGCAAAAAGCAGAAGCAGAGGAAGGGCAGAAAGUGA